CUCGGGGCACUCAUCGCUUCACUGCAUACGAAGGACUUCUGCGGCAGACUCCGGAGGGAGCACUUGCGUUGGUGCCGCAGCUUUCCGCGCUCCUUCCUCCCGCCGAGCCCCUCAACAUCCAAGUUGUCCCUUCCCCUUCUCUCUAAAUGCCUCCCUUUUUCUCUUACACUACCCUCCCUUAUCAACUGACGCGGCUCCCCUAUCCUAUGUGCAACUUUCCCGAGUACCUAGUGGAGCUGACGGACGUGGAGCAGUUGCCGCCCGCCGACGAGGACACGUGGGAGCUGCAUAGGGCGCUGUAUUCAUCGGUGGUGCUGGGCAUGUUCACAUUCUUUGUGGAGCACGAAGUUCAUAACGUCGGCGAAUUCCUCCACGUGUACUACGUGAUCGCCAAUCCGAAGCCAGAGCGGAAGGAGGGAACAGUGGCACUUUAUCCUUUUGGGAGGAUAAGAACGAAUCGCCCGGGGCUCUUACAGCUCAUUCACAUCGAGCUGCUGUCCAUUGCGCAGGUAAUCACCGCGGAAGAAGAAGACUUGCAGCUUACACUACGGACCUUCUCAGCUCCGCCCAGAUCGUACAACGCGGCGGUGAUACCUGACUAUCUGGCGCGUGAAGGGGAGUCCGUGGUGGACUUCGGGCACGAAGAUAAGCCGCUGCGACCUCCAUCAUCGUAUCCAAAGCCGGCGGCCUUGAAGGCACCAAGAAAGAGAACCGUCCCGAAGCGGCGACGAAGUCCAUCGCCGGAAGCUCAGGCCAGCCGAGUGGGGCCUGUCGAGGAGGUCGUCCAGCCUGCGCCGGUGCACGAAGUCGAUCCGGUUCGCGAGAGAAGAGCCACACUCAUCAUCGGGUCCCGACCGGGGGAGGACCACCCCGCCGAAGAGCCGCGGAGAUCCACAGGCCAUCCGAAGUCGACACCUCAGCGGCCCCGCCUCCCGAUCUCAACAGCCAUGCAGCCGGGCCAUCAAGCGCAGGGGGGGGAUUGGGACGAGUUCCAUAUCCCGCAUCAAGACCCCCCCUCCUUGCAGGACCGUUCCGAUUUCGCCAGCCCGCCCAGGAUACCUCGGUCAUUGACAUUAGCAGUUCCCCCGAGCCGGACGGUCCAUUAAACCGACGUGGAUCACAUGGUGGAACUGGCCACCCUCAGGCUUGAGGCCAUCAAGGGGGCGCCACGUCCCGAUCCGGCAUGGGAGGCGUU